AUGAAGGUCCCAACCCUCCUCCUCUCCCUUCUUACCGCCACCGCUGUCUCCUCGCGAUCCCUGUUUGGAGCAAACCAAAAUACUCUCGUGGAUGAGCCCAAAUACCCUGUUCCUGGCAAGAAUCCAUUGAAUUUCUGUGCCGAUCCCAGCGACUACAUCCUGACGAUUGAUUACGUUGACCUAGAACCGAAUCCUCCUCUUCCAGGCCAAAAAUUGACCAUCCUUGCCAACGGCACUUUUGCCAAAGACGUCGACCCGGGUGCUACCGUUUUCCUUCAAGUUAAAUAUGGAUUGAUUACCCUUAUCAAACAAGAGGCCGACCUCUGUGAUAAUCUGCCACAAGUGGACUUGAAUUGCCCAUUGAAGGAGGGCUCUAUGUCGCUGAAGAAAGAAGUCGAUAUCCCUAACCAAGUGCCUCCGGGGAAAUACACCGUUCUCGCUGAUGUCAACACGGUCGAUAAGGAGAAGGUUACGUGCAUGGAGAGCACGGUUUUCUUCUCCAGAGGGUGA